AUGGAAUCAACCUCCCUCUCUUCUCCUACCCUCGGCACCUUGCCUUUUCCUCCUGUGCGGUCUUGCCGGAAAAAACAUGUGCGGAAGGUCGUUGCGGCGAGUAACGGAACAAGUGGACGAGAUUAUGGAGGCAAGCUGGUGGAUGAAAACAUGAUUGUGCUGAGAAUGCGUAUUCGGGAAAUGAAGAUGUUGGAGACGAGUGAAUCACCCCCAUCGGAUUGGAUGGAGUGGGAGAAGCGAUAUUAUGAACGUUACAAUGGAGAUGUAUGCGAAGCAGUGGGGUUGCUGCAAUCUUACUUGAUGAAUAUUAGGCCCAGUUUGGCUUUAGGGUUUUUGGCACUCACCACAUUAAGUGUGCCAAUAUCCACUGCAGUGGUCAUUCUUCAUGCCAUAGAGAUGGCUAGGGGAAUUCUAUCUGGGGUUCAUCUAAGCUGA